AUGGCGAUGGCUACAGAGACUCUGUCGCUCGCUGGCAAAGUAGCAAUCGUGACAGGCUCUGGGCGCGAAACUGGUCUCGGUGCAGGUAUCGCAAAUGCUCUUGCUCGUAACGGUGCCUCUAUAGUCAUUAAUUAUGUAAGCGACACAACGCGCAAUGGCGCUGAAACGCUGGCGAAGAGAUUGAGUACGGACUAUGGCAUCGGAGCUGUUGCGAUCCAAGAGAACAUCGAAUCACAGGAUGGCGCCAACAAUCUCAUUGAGAAGACCCUUAGACUACUCAAGACGGCCCAUAUUGAUAUUCUAGUCAACAAUGCCGGGUGCAACCUGCCAGGUUCAACUCUAGAUACGCCAUUGGAAAACAUACAGAAGCAAUUCUCUGUGAACGUGUUUGCGGCAAUAUACGUCGUGCGAGCUACAGUGCCUCACAUGCCACGGGGCGGGCGCAUCAUCAACAUAGGCAGCAUCUCGUCCAAGCUGGGUCUCAAGAGCCUGCCUUUCUAUAAUGCAGCAAAAUCAGCACAAGAUUCACUCACGCACACAUGGGCAGCGGAGUUUGGGCGUAGCCAUGGUAUCACCGUCAAUACAGUGGCCCCGGGGCCCGUCGAUACUGACGAGCAGAGGAAAUUUGCCCGUGACAAUCCAGAGGGAUACAAAGCAAUCCAGGAUCUAGUAGACAUGACGAAGGCGGCGGAUCGUGUCGGGGCGCUCGAAGACAUUGCGGAUGCGGUACUGUUGUUGGCGCAGGAGAAAAGCCGGUGGAUCACUGGCCAGUAUAUUGACAAGAGGGUUUCAAUCCAUCUCUCAAUCUAUGUGAGGAUUAUGCCUACAGACCAGAGCUGGACGCAAAGUCCUCCCUACCAACCUGCUGAUGGCGGCGACUCUUUUGACAAGAAGCAUGAAGGCCGUUGCGCUCCAUUUCAGUGGGCUGCUAUCUUCCACAAGGAAGACAUGAUGUUCGAGAAUGGCACGAAAGACCUAGUCUUCUACAACUCAGCGGACAACACCUUAGAACAUGACUUGCCUUGUAAAGUGAGCUGCGCACAUUGCCGGACCCCGAUCAUGGAUGAAGGCAGGCGGAUGGUGCUGCUGUUUCCGACGCUCAUCAAAUUCAACAAUCAGCCACAAAGAGACGCCUUUUACCCACAUUGCCAUAUAUUCUACUCACAGAGGGUAGUGGACAUACCUGACGGGACGCCAAAAUGGGACGGCCUAGAUGGACUUGAGAAUGGUAUGCUGCUUGAUGACAUGCCAUAG